AUGAAUUUGGAGCUGCAGCGUCUGGAAGAGGAAAGACAAGCAAAUCUACGUUACAUAGCAAGAAAGUAUGACAUCCUCAGUAAACAACAAGUUGCAGCAACUAAUGUCACAGAGGCUUCUUGUGUGACAAACGUGAAUGGCGUAGCAAGUUUUCGUACGUUUAACAGCACCGCUUGCAACACAAGCAGUUGUAUGAAAGGAGUCAUAGAAAACCAGCGUAACACUUCAACAUUUCCUGUUUCCAACAACGUUGUAUAUUCCACAUUUGAACCAACAGGUAUCACCGCUCGCACAGGUGAUCACCAUAGGCAAGUACACAGCGAUGGGGGUCAAUUUGGUGAUAACAGUGGUCAUAGCGGCUAUAAUCGUUAUGAUAAUUCAUACCAGGGCGAUAGAUCUUGGGGGGUACCUCUGCGUGCUGAACAGAUACAAGCCAGACAUGCCAUUCCUAAGGAGCUACCAACGUUCAGUGGUAAGCCAGAGGAGUGGCCCAUCUUCAUUAGCAAUUAUGAAAGCUCAACGCGAAUUUGCGGUUUUAGUAACGAUGAGAAUAUGCUUAGGUUACAACGUGCACUAAAGGGUAAGGCUCUCGAAUAUGUGAGCAGUCAACUGUUGUUACCUGACCUGGUACCGGAAGUUAUUGCCACGUUGCGCAUGGUUUUCGGUAGACCUGAAUUCAUAAUUAAUAGCCUUUUGGAAAAAAUGCGCUCAUCACCAUUGGUGAAUGCAAAUAAACUGGAGACAUUGAUCUCAUUUUCAAUGGAGGUGAGAAACUUGGUUUCAGCAAUGCAAGCUGCGGGCCUAACGGCACACGUAAAUAACCCAAUGCUUUUACAAGAAUUAAUUUCUAAGCUACCGGCUAGAUAUAGCUUAGAUUGGGCAGUUCAUUGCAGACAUAUCGCUGGGGCAAAUUUGUCGGACUUUGGCAUUUGGCUAUACGAUUUAGCACAUGCAGCUAGUACCAUCAUGACAAAACCAACCAUCGUGAACCAACAGCAGGAAGUACGUCGAACAUAUCAUGUUGGGUUCCAUGAGGAAGAGGAGAGAGGACACUAUACCAAGAAUAGCGAAGCACGCAAAUGCUCAGCAUGCGGUGAAAGUCAUUUCAUUGCGUAUUGCGAAAAAUUCAAAGCAAUGGAGUAUGAUGACAAGUGGAAUAUUAUUCAUCGCAUGGAGUUGUGUCGCUCGUGCCUAAAGAAGCACAACCCCAAAUUUUGCAAGGAUCGUAAUGAAUGUGGUGUUAACAGCUGCACAGCAAAACAUCACCCUAGUUUACACAAACCAGCGGUAAUGAACAAAGGGUCAGAGGGCGAAGUAAAUCUGAUUGCCAUGCAUGUACAAAAUACAUCAAAAAUAUUGUAUAGGGUUGUACCAAUCACGAUCCAUAGCCAGCACGCCGCCUUUGACGUGUAUGCGUUAUUUGAUGACGGAUCAGGUCCAACCAUUAUUGAACACGAAGUUAUGAAAAUGUUGCAACUUAAAGGCGAAGUACGUCAGCUGCGUCUUCGCUGGACUGAUGGGUCCAUUAGAGUAGAAAACGACUCGGAGCUCAUCAACCUGCAAGUGUCAGCAAAGGGAAAAAACAAGAUGUUUACGCUGAGUGAUGUUCGCACUGUCAAGAAGCUUGACUUGCCUGCGCAAACGCUAGUAAUGUCAGAGAUGUCCAACAAGUAUAAACAUCUGAAGGGACUGCCAGUAGAGUCUUACAAAGACGUGGUGCCACAAAUCAUUAUCGGGGUGAACAACAAGCAUGUGGCCAUGCCACUGAAGUUCAGAGAGGGAAAAAGUCACGAACCCGCUGCAACAAAAACUCGUCUGGGGUGGACAGUGUACGGAACCGUUACAGAUCAGGACCAUUAUAAAAACAACGACCUGCAGUUGCAUGUAUGUGAAUGCGACAACAACAUAGCUCUCGACAAGCUCGUGAAAGAAAGCAUGAAACUUGAAAACUUAGAACCACAUGUAGUGGCACGUAUACAUGAGAAGACUAGCCAGCAAGACAUACUAGAGAAGUGCGUUACGCGAACGGGCGAUCACUUUACAACCCGUUUAUUGUGGCGCUCUGAUAAUAUAGUAUUGCCGAACAAUUUUGAAUCCGCCAUGCGCAAACUUGUCUGUUUCGAGAAAAAGCUAAACAAAGAUGACGAUUUAAAAAAUCGAGUAAAUUCCCUAAUAAAUAAUAUGGAACAAAAGCAAUACAUCCGGAAGCUCAGCGAUAACGAAAUUAAUCAAGAUUUUAAACGUAAAUGGUAUUUGCCCAUAUUUGCGGUGAAUAAUCCAAACAAGCCCAAUAAGACGCGAGUAGUAUGGGACGCAGCAGCUGAGCACCAGGGAAGGUCUCUCAAUUGCUGCCUCGAGAAGGGACCGGAUCUACAGCGACCAUUGAUACAUGUACUGUUCAACUUUCGUAUAGGAAAAAUUGGCAUUUGUGGUGAUAUAUCCGAGAUGUUUCACAGGAUUAGUGUGCAUGAUGAGGACCAGCAUUCUCAGCGCUUUCUUUGGCGUAAUUGUGAUUCGAGUCGAGAUCCAAACACAUACGUGUUACAGGUUAUGUCAUUCGGUGCUACUUGUUCACCUUCAAUCGCCCAGUACGUUCGUAGUAGGAAUGCGAGGGAGAAUGCCGACGAGUUCCCACGAGCUGCCAAGUCAAUAACAGACAGGCAUUACGUAGAUGACAUGUUGGAUAGUGUUAAAACUGCAGAGGAGGCUGUCAAGUUAAUCAAGGACGUGAUUGAGGUGCACAAACGAGGCAACUUCCAUAUUAGAGGAUGGCUUACUAAUUCAAAUCAUGUAGCUGGCGCCCUGGGAAAUGCUGGUUCAAGUGACGAUUUUUGUACCGCUGGAAAAACGAUCGACCAAGUUAUAGAGCCAGAGAAGGUACUCGGGUUAUGGUGGAGAACGAGUGUAGAUGUGUUUACCUUCAGUACAAGGUUCACUAAAGCAGGCAAAGAGAUUUUAGGCGGACAAAAGCCGCCAACUAAAAGAGAAAUCCUGCGAUUGCUCAUGUCAGUCUAUGAUCCUCUAGGGUUCUUAGCAUUCUACACAAUCCGUUUAAAAAAUUUGCUACAGAACAUUUGGCGAAGUGGUAUCGAUUGGGAUGACCAAAUUCCUGAAGAGUAUGUGAACGCGUGGCAGCAGUGGUUAUCCUUUUUUGAGCAGGUCAAACAAGUUCAGGUUCCCAGAUGCUAUUUCGGUAAGAUGUCAAACAAUAGUUGCAAGAUAGAAUUGCACGUAUUCGUGGACGCUAGCGAGGUGGCAACUGCAGCGGUGGCUUACUUCAGGAUUACAAGGGAAGACGAAAUUCAGGUUGCGCAUGUUAGCUCAAGGACUAAGGUAGCACCCUUGCGACCUAUCUCAAUUCCCCGCAUGGAACUACUCGCCGCCGUACUGGGAUCCCGUCUUGCUACUGAAAUCACUAAGGGUCAUGACUUCAAGAUUCAUAAAGCGUACUUUUAUACUGAUUCGAGAACAGUGCUUACAUGGCUGAAAUCAGACCCACGAAAGUACAAACAAUUUGUUAUGUUUAGAGUCGCUGAAAUUCAAGAGCAUACAAACGUUACAGAAUGGAGCUACAUCCCAUCAAAAUUAAAUGUAGCAGAUGCUGCCACGAAGUGGAAGAGUACCACAGAGUUUAGCCCAACCAGUACUUGGUUCUCUGGGCCAGAAUUUCUACAUUCGCCGCGUGUAAAAUGGCCUAAAUACAAUUAUGAUAUUGACAUGGAACAUUUCAAAGAUGCUGAUUUAAAGCCGCACGUAGAGUAUAUUGGCGCUCAUAUAGAGAGUCAACCACUCAUUGAUCCAACUCGUUUUUCGAAGUGGGAACGUCUUGAGAGGUGCAUGGCAUACGUUAAACGUUUUGCAGAUAAAUGUAAAGACAAGAUACGAGGAUUAACCAGCUCGGAGGUAGGAUCCGAAAGCUUAACCACCGAGGAACUAUACUGGAGUCAAUGCCACCUUUAUCGGCUCGCGCAGGCCGAUGCAUAUUUUGAAGAGUUUAAGUUGCUUAAGGGUGACCCAGGUUGCAACUUGCCAAAACAUUGUGUUUUACGAAAGCUGACACCAUUUGUUGACGAAAACAACCUUAUACGUCGAUGUGGUCGCCUAGAGAAUGCACCAAUUAAGGAUGCAGUCAAAAAUCCGAUAAUAUUACCCAAGAACCACAAAAUUACACAACUGAUUAUUGAAUAG